CUUAAACCCAACGGACAUAACGAAAAAUUAGCCACAAGGCACACCGUUGAGCUACGUUUCGGAGAAGAACGAGACUUGAUAAGCCCGCGCAGUGUGCAUAGUACGCAUACACUAUACAUAUAUAUAUAUAUAUAUUUCCGGUAGUUGCGAUUGAGUGACGGGUAACGCUGUCUCUCAGUCGCGCCACCCUUCCGUCAUUCAAGUUGUAUCCCAACACGGCGCUGUUGCUGCGCUCAACAACUUGUGACACAGUAGCCCUUCGUCACCUCUCGAGCCUCAUAGUUUCUCCCACGACACAAAAACACCAAACCUACUCCUCAAUGCCUUCCCCAGCAACUCACUCGGAGGAAGAUGCCUCGCGCCACGGCGCAAAGCCGAUCUUUGCCUCGGAGCGCACCAGAGAGGCAACCGCCGCCCCAAAGAUACCAAACCAAGCUCCUCGCCUUACCCAGUAUUUCCCGUUAGGUUAUAAGGAAGCGUUUAACCAAUGGUGGGCCACGGUUUCGCCAGCAAUCGCUGAGCAUAAUGUCCUCUCUUUCGUUCCUCACCUCCGCCAGCCUCCCACCCAUACGCAGACGGGAACCUAUGCUACCUCGAGUGAUGAGGCGCCAAUGUCAUAUAACCCCGAUCCGACCCGAGCCGCAACUCCGGUGCGGACAACCUCUAUGAAUGACCCAUUCGGGCCACGAUCCUGGCGAUCAAUGAUGGUCCAGCUGGGUGGCAAGAACCGAGCCCUGAACGAGUUCUCCGUUGAGAGAGAAGGAGAAGAGGUGGAAGAGAACUUAGUCAUGCUUCACGGAUACGGAGCUGGCCUGGGUUUCUUUUACAAGAACUUUGAGGGCAUAAGCCGCGUUAAGGGCCUGAAACUAUACGCUCUCGACAUGCUAGGAAUGGGCCGAAGCACACGCCCCCCCUUUAAAGUGAACGCAAAGGACCAGCAGGGAAAGAUUACAGAGGCUGAGAAUUGGUUCAUUGAUGCGUUGGAAGAGUGGCGUGUCCUGCGCAAAAUCGAUAAAUUCACGCUUCUCGGACACAGCAUGGGUGGUUAUAUGGCCGUUGCAUACGCCCUAAAAUAUCCAGGCCACCUGAACAAGCUGAUCCUGGCUUCCCCCGUUGGUAUUCCGGCAGAUCCCUAUGCAACGAAGGCAGAAAUACCUGACCAGGCUACUAUUGAGAACGAAGUCCUUCAAGACCAAGAAGACGACAUUGUCAACAAGCCGUCGAACGGGAACAAUGGUGCUCGCAACGGCAAGGCCCAAGGACCUGCUGAAUCAACUUCAGACGAUCCACCUCGCCGCCGAAUUCCAAAGUGGGCGAGCUACCUUUGGGACGCCAAUGUCUCCCCUUUCAGCAUUAUACGCUGGGCAGGACCAUUGGGCCCUCGAUUCGUGUCAGGAUGGACAUCCCGCCGCUUCAGCCACCUCCCAGAAACUGAGGCACAGGCCCUUCACGAAUACGCCUACUCUCUCUUUCGACAACGUGGAAGCGGCGAGUACGCUCUCGCCUACAUUCUCGCACCCGGAGCGUUCGCCCGUAGUCCUCUGAUCGACCGCAUACACAACGUGGGCAGGCAGCCUCUCGGUCUCUCGGGUGCACCGUCGACUUCUGCAGAGCCUGUAAGGCGAGAGACUGGCUACCCGGUUAUCAUGAUGUACGGUGAGAAUGACUGGAUGGACGUUGCGGGCGGGCUCGCAGCGGAACAAAAGCUUAAGGAAGCUAAGGCCGCAGCGCUAGCUACGGCGACUCCUCGGGAGAAGCAGGAAGAGCGCGGGAGUGCGAGGGUGGUAAUAAUUCAGAAGGCUGGGCAUCAUUUGUAUCUAGACGGGCAUGAGGACUUUAACGAGGUGAUACGGAGGGAGAUGGAGGAGACGAAACGGGAUCUGAAGAAGCAGAAGGAGCAGAGCGGGGGAUUGUAGAAGCACCGGGAUUAUUAUUACGAGGUGCGGAGUAAAUAUUGUAAGGGGGAGUUAAGCCUGUGAUCGAUGUGCGUUGGUCGUUUUGUAGAUAUUCUAUUUUUACAGCUUAUAGAUGAUUAAGACAUAGAUAUGUAUGAGUAAUGUGCAAAUAUAGCUCACGGGGAG